AAGAUCUCGUGAGAUUUGCUCCAGGAGGAAACAGGAGCUGGGAUUGGUUGGGUCGCGUGGUUUCCGGACACUGCCGAGUCACCGCUUCUCUCGCUUCAGCGUUCAGCAGGGAUCACGUGGCGAGGAGCGGCCGCACAAACCCUGUCUGAAUGUGAACAUUUGGGUGAUUUUGAUGUGGCCCAGACUCCCCCAACGAAUGUACCUUCAGGACUCGCCCCGGAGUAGGUUCUUCAGGAUGGGCGUCCAGGCCCCACCCCGACUCCUGGAGCUGGCCGGCCAGAGCUUGCUGCGGAAUGAGACCUUGGCCAUUGCGGCCCUGGAGGAGCUGCCCGUCGAGCUCUUCCCGCCGCUGUUUACCGCGGCCUUUGCCGGGAGGCACACCCAUGCGGUGAAGGCGAUGGUGCAGGCCUGGCCCUUCGCCUGCCUCCCGCUGGGGGCCCUGAUGAAGGACCACCAGCCUCAUCUGGAGACCUUCCAGGCUGCACUCGAUGGCCUGGACCUCCUGCUUGCUGAGGAGGUCCGCCCCAGGCGGUGGAAGCUGCAGGUGCUGGAUUUGCGCCGGAACGCCCACCAGGACUUCUGGACCGUGUGGUCCGGCAUCAAGGCCAGCGUGUGCUCACUGCUGGAGCCCGAGCCAGCCCAGCCCAUGCAGAAGAGGAGCAGGGUAGAGGGUUCCCAGGGGGGUCUGAAGCCUGCGCGAGCCCCUGUGGAGGUGCUGGUCGACCUGUGCCUCAAGGAGGACCCGCUGGACGAGACCCUCUGCUACCUGCUGAAGAAGGCCAAGCAGAGGAGGAGCCUGCUGCGCCUGCGCUGCCAGAAGCUGAGACUCUUCACCAUCCCCGUGCAGAGCAUCAGGAGGAUCCUGAAGCUGGUGCAGCUCGACUCCAUCCAGGACCUGGAGGUGAACUGCACCUGGAAGCUGGCCACGCUGGGCAGGUUCCUGCCGCACCUGGGCCGGAUGGGCAACCUGCGCCGGCUGCUGCUGUCGCGCGUGCGCGUCUUGCCGCGCACCGCCCCCGACCGGGAGGAGCACUGCGUUGGCCAGCUCACCGCCCAGUUCCUGAGCCUGCCCCACCUGCAGGAGCUCUACCUGGACUCCAUCUCCUUCCUCGAGGGCCGCCUGCAUCAGGUGCUCAGGUGCCUGAAGACCCCUCUGCAGACCCUGUCGAUCACCAACUGCCUGAUUUCGGAGUCAGACCUGAUGUACCUGUCGCAGUGCCCGAGCGUCGGCCUGCUGAAGGACCUGGGCCUCAGCGGGGUCAACCUGACCGGCCUCAGCUUGGAGCCCCUGCAGGUCCUGAUCGAGAGGACCUCGGCCACCCUGCAGGACCUGGACCUGGAUGAGUGCGGCAUCAUGGACUCCCAGUUCAGUGCCCUCCUGCCCUCCCUGAGCCGCUGCUCCCAGCUCACCACCUUCAGCUUCUGUGGCAACCCCAUCUCCGUGGCCGUGCUGGAGAGCCUGCUGCACCACACCGUGGGGCUGAGCAAGCUGAGCCACGUGCUGUACCCGGCACCCCUGGAGAGCUAUGAGGAUGUGCAUGGCACCCUGCACCUGGGCCGCCUGGCUCAGCUGCACGCCCGGCUCAAGCAGCUGCUGUGCACAUCUGGGCGGGCCAGCAUGGUCUGGUUCAGCGCCAACCCCUGUCCAUACUGUGGUGACCGGACCUUCUACGACCCUGAGCCCAGCCUGUGCCCCUGCUACAUGCCCGACUAGCCCAGCUCACGAGUUGUAGGCUUUGUCCCCGGCACUGGGACACUGCCACCCAGACCUCAGUGCAUCUAGAAGGAACACAAACCACAGUUUCAGACAGUUGUUCAGUGCAUACGGGAAAAGGAAAGGUGAUUUAGAGUGGGCAGGGGGGAGGGGUUGGUGGGAUUUUUGGAGAGAUGUGUUCCUACAAAGUUAGAAAUGUGAAUCUAAAUUUUGGAGGGGGAGUUUGGGCUUGGGAGGUGGAUGGGGUCGUUACCCCUGUGUUGGAUUGUUACAAAGAAAUAAAGGGAACUUCAGUGUCAA